CAACAAAAGCUGCAAAGUCCCUCUCUGAGCCAUCUCUCUUCAUUAUGGUCUUUCAAGCCUCAUCCUUCCAUUAUUUAACUUGUCAGCACCACCGGUCAGCACCUGUGUUUUCUAUAGUAUUUAGUGACUUCCCUUCAUCUACUUGUUUCAGAUAAACGUGAUGAAUUCACAGCCCACUCUGAUGAACACGCGAAUGCUGAUGGAUGCAACAAGGGAUGAAGCCCUAAACAUCAACAAACUUUGUGGAGGCAAACAAACUGUUGACAUGAGUGAUAUCAGUCAGUUACACUUGAACCUGAAAAACAUCCUGAAGAUUGACAUUCUACACGACUUCACAUCUCUGGUCAAACUUGACCUGUUUCACAACCUGAUAGAGAAGAUCGAGGGCCUGGACAGCCUCUAUAAUCUCACCUGGCUCAAUCUGUCCUACAAUAAAAUCACAAAAAUUGAAGGCCUGGAUGGUUUGAAAAAGCUUGAAGUGCUGAAUUUAUCCAACAACAAUAUCUCUCGCUUGGAGAACAUGGAUGCACUACAGAACCUGAGUCACUUCCUCGUUGCAAACAACCUCAUCAAAGACCUGGACAAUGUACUCUAUCUUACGAGGAUGAAGAAGUUGUACGAACUCUACAUGGUUGGAAAUCCUGUCAGUGAUGGAGAAGAAUACACUUUGUUCUCUGUAGCCUUUCUGCCAAAGCUAAGAUACCUUGACGACACUUUGAUUAACAUAGAGAUUAGAGAAGAGGCAUCCAUGAAAUACCAGCAGCAGCUCCAUGAACUUGCAAAACGGAAAAAUCAGAAGCAGCAAAGAACUGAAGCUGAGAAUGCCUUUGUGGAGGAUAUUGAUGGUUCGAGUUUGUUUAACAGCCUGUUUAAAGACAAUCCAGAAGUAUUGAGACCACACUGCCUCCCAGAAGUUGCUCCACUGCUUCAAACAUUAGAGGUCCAAAUGAAGGAGCUGUGUUUGCACUUGUUUGAAGUGGGCUUGGCUGAGCACAGGUGCAGACAGACAGAGCUGAGGUCCUUUUACAGUGGCCAGAAUGAGGUGGAGACAUUCUACAAGCAGAAGACAUCUCAGAUACUCGCAGAGUUUGAUGAACAGCGCACACAGAUGGCAGCAGAAUCGAAAAAUUUGGAAGACAUAAACCUGCGUGAAGUCAAGAUCAGAAGCUUCAGCGAUGCAGUCGUCCCACAGCUUCAUAACAGUCUCCUGAAAGUUGCGUUUGAGCUGCUUGGCAAUCGUGAGGAAAACAUCAAAACGUUUGACGACGCAAUCUCAGCCAUGGUUGAUGACUUUGUGAGGACCUCAGAGAAGACAUUCGCCCAGUUAAGAGAUCUAGAGGAACUAUAUCAUCAGAAUGUAAAUAAAAUAGUCAUUGAGACUCUGGAGAAAGUAGCCAACCAUAAUGAAGAGGGAGCCAUCCCGGAAGAUGUGAUGAGGCUGUUUGCAGACCAAGAUUCAGUGAAGGAGGCCCUAGCAACCAGCCACAAAGCCCGACAGCUUAAGAUGGAUAAUCGGGAGAACCAGCUGGUUAGACGAGUCAGAGCCUGGAAGUCAGCCGUCAUUGCAGAGAUUAAAGAAAAUGAACUUCGGCAGAACCACAUGCACAUGUCGGACAUCAACAGAUAUGUACAAUAUCAGGAAGCAACUGGAGGACAUUUUAGAGUAUCAAUAUAAUUUUUGCAAGACACUAUAUGUCAUGUUUUUAUGCAAAAAAGUAACUGUGAGAAUGAGAGAAGGUUAAGAGAUGGAGAAGGUGAUCUUCAUGAUUUGUGAAUGAAAUUUUACUGUUUCCAUGUAAAAAACGCUCUUUACUUCUCUGUAUUCGCAUUACAAAUGGUGUGUUUUGUUUAGAAAAAAUGUAAGUAUAGAUUGCUGGUAAGUUAGUUAAUUUGUUUGUUUUAGGAAUUUUUGUCAUGUAAAACUCCAGUUUAGUCUUUAAACCCUUUCAAUAAAAUGUGACCAAAAGUUGGA